AUGUACAAUGUAUCUGCAGUUGUUAAAGAGAUUAUAUUUAAGGAGAAAUGGUACACAUUGACCUUGAGCACAGGCACUACAGCACACAGCAUCAGCCCUCAGGCUGUGUGGCAGCUUGUCAUUGUAGUCAAGGGCACCAUGCCAAAGAGUCAUUCCUUGAAAGAGUAUAACAUCUAUGGCUGCUACUGUACCUUUGUCAGCUUGAACAACUGGGUAAAAGACUUAGACAAGUUCUGCCAGACUAGUGACAACUGCUAUGCUCAGGUCUAUGACCUGGAAAACUGUACAUUACUCUUAGACAACCCCUACACCAGCUCCUAUUCCUACUCCUGCUCUGGGAAUGAGAUCACCUGCAGCGACAAAAACAAAGCCUGUAAGGACUUCAUCUGCAACAACUGUGACUGCCAGGCCACCAUCUGCUUCUCCAAGGUUCCAUACAAAAGGCAGUACAAAGAACUUAACCCCAAGAAACUCUGUUAG